UAACUACCAAAGCUUAAGAUUAUUAUAUAAAAAUGAGAAAAUAUGCCUCCAUAGUUUCUUUCCCGUUAAGAACUACAUUCCCCAUGCCCCCAUUGGCACGGUCGCUGUUUCUACGUCAUAUGUUGUCCUUCGUCACGCGGCGGAGCCGUUGGACAGUCCACUGGAGCCGCAGCAGUAACAUGGCAGAUGAAGAGGAGUCGCCGCCGGAGCCCAGCGCCGUCUCUCCUCUGGGCAGCCCUCACACCGGGCGGCCUCUCUCCGUUUCCUUCUCUGAGAGCGUUCAACCGGCCGUCGGGAUGAUGAGCCAACUGCUAACCCAGCCGUCCUCCCUGAAGUUCGACAAAAACAUCAAACAGGCAUUUUACAACACCGGUGCUAUGAUCUUCGUGGCUAUCUGCUGCGGGGCGGCGGUGCUGGUUUACUUCAUCCUAGAGGCCUUCCUCCGCCCGCUGCUGUGGGCAGUGCUCUGCGGCACCUUCCUCCACCCAUUCAAGCACUCCCUGGCUCGGCUGGGCCGUUCAUGGCUCAGCGGCCUGCAGGACACCGGGACUCCCAUCGUCGUGGGGACCCUACUGGUCCCCGUGUGGUGCGUCAACUACGGGGUGGAGGCGAUGGGCAGGCUGGUUCUGAAGAGGCUCACGGUGCUGCUGGUGAUCGGCGCCGGGGCGCCACUGGUUUACUUCCUUUACCUGUUCUGGAGUGUCAUCGGUAUGCAGGUGAUCCUCGGACACGUCUGCUGGGUCAUCGGCGUCCUGCUGGACUGCUUCCACGCUGUGUGGGUGUGCAGUGUAGUGUUUGGCUACUUGCUGGCCGUCUGUUUCAAGUGGAGUCCCCAAACUGAGGGAUACCUGAGGGCUCUGGCUCUUCCUGUUUGGGCUGCACUAGUCUUCUACAUUGUGUCUCUCACCGGCUCGUGGAGGGUGCCAAUAUUCAUGGUGGUGGUGGCGCUCCUCAUUGUCGGCUCCCAGGAAAAACCUCCUGUUCAAGGAAAAGGAGAGCUGCCAGGACAGAUGCUCUCAUUGGCUGCAAACACCAUUUACAUGGCCAUUUCCUGCAGCAACUUGCAGCCAAAAACAGAGCCCAGCGAGACUUCCAGCACAGGAGGUCCCCUGCCUUCAACCCCAGGCAUCCCUCACCCCUUCAAGGGCAGUCUCCAGCUGAAAGAGAAAAGCAGUCGGAAAGCCAGCGACAUUUACUUCAUCUUGCUGGUCUGGGCCAUCGUUCUGGUCCAGAUGUGGCUAAACUUCUGGAUCCUACAGCUGCUUCCUAUCCCUGUGGCUGUUUGGAUGUUGAAGAAGCUGGUCGUCCACUUUGGUGUGAAGAGCUUUGCAGAGCGGACCCUGAGCUCAUGGUGGACCUUGUUGGAGAAGUUUGUACGGGAACGCGAAGAGGCCUUGUUGCCUGGGCCAAUUAAAGGCCUCGCUCAGUUCCUGCUGCGCAUCGACACCAAGCUCUGGCAUUGGCUUAACAAGCAGAUGAUUGUGUGGUUGGAGAGAUCGCUGGAUAAAAUCAUCAGCAUCUUUAUCAUCUUCCUCCUGGUUACAGGGACCCUGCUCAUGGCUCUUCUGCUCACUGCUAUGGUUCAUCAGGAAAGUGCUCACAUUAUCGAGGUAACCAGCAACCUCAUCAACGAGACUCUUUCCAAUCAUCCAGAAUGGGCCAAUUGGCUUCCAGAAGCUCGUGUCGUGCAGAAAGCUCUGAAUUCAGCUGCUACCAAUGUUUACCAGCAUGGGAGGGAAUGGAUAACACAGAAGCUUCAUAAGAUGUUGGGAGAUAAGGUGAACAACACAGCGGUGAUUGAGAAGCAGGUUCUGGAGCUUUGGGACCGACUGUACCAUUCGUGGUUUGUGAAGAAUGUGACCCACUCUGGGCGACACCGUGGGAACAAGAUGGCGUAUCAGAGACAGAACAGCUGGUUAGGGGACAUCCUGGACUGGAAGGACAUCGCUUCUUUUCUGCAGGAGAACAUUGAGACUCUGCUGUCUAUCUUGGAGUCUCUGUGGGUGGUAAUGAGCAGGAAUGUUGGCCUCCUGAUCUCCACCACCACCACUCUCCUCACAGUGUUGUUCCACAGUGGCACGGCUCUACUGAACUUCGCACUGAGUCUGGUGAUUUUCCUCACCACCCUGUUCUAUCUGCUGAGCUCCAGCGGUGAAUACUACAAACCUGUCAAAUGGGUCAUCAACCUGACACCCCUCUCUCAGCCCGGACCCUCCUCCAACAUCAUUGGCCAGUCUGUGGAGGAGGCCAUCAGAGGAGUGUUUGAUGCCUCCCUGAAAAUGGCAGGCUUCUACGGCCUCUACACUUGGCUCACCCACACCAUCUUUGGCAUCAACAUCGUCUUCAUUCCUUCCGCUCUGGCUGCCAUCCUGGGUGCUGUGCCAUUUCUGGGGACCUACUGGGCGGCCGUGCCGGCUGUGUGUGACCUGUGGCUGGCACAGGGGGAAGGCGUCAAGGCUGUGCUGCUGCUCAUCUGCCAUCUACUCCCGACAUAUUUUGUGGACACGGCCAUCUAUUCUGAUAUAUCAGGAGGGGGGCAUCCAUACCUCACAGGCCUUGCGGUUGCAGGUGGGGCGUACUAUCUUGGCCUGGAGGGGGCGAUCAUUGGGCCCAUCCUCCUCUGCAUCCUGGUGGUGGCAGCAAACAUCUAUAGCGCCAUGCUGAUGAGUCCAAGCUCUGCACUACCUACACCAGUUCAGCCCAGUUGGCCCACACACCCAAUGAGGGCCUUCACAGAGUCCACUCCCUCUGUGCUAAAGAAGACCUCUGAGUCCAAGUAAGAGGUGGUUUCCCUGCAGAACAUUACGUGGCUCCAGGGAAUCACUUCCCACCCUCAGAGCUCCCCUAAAGGUGAGCGGGCUCCACAGGCUCGACCCGGACCAAGAAGAGAUGAAGGCGCAGCGAUCCUGGUUCUGUCCGCUUCCCAGAGCGUACCGUUUCUCCAACACGCAAACCUCCUGAUCACAAACCAGGUUUCUGAUAUUGUAUAACAGAGGUUGAUGCUAAUCCAUCAUCUUUCUGAACUCAGUGCCUGAUUUAUUUUAUAAUAUUGGGGGGAAAAGCAUAAAAUCCUUUGGCGGUUAUUUGUAAGAUUAUAUAUUUUGUCUACAAAGCCCCAGAUGUCUGCGCUCCCAGGCUCAAUUUCUUGUUAAGAAGCUGUUGUUCUCCCUACCUCUCUUCUCCUGGAGGCUCGGGGAAGUUUGAACUGAACUUCCUUUAAAAUAAAGGUCCAACCAGGACCAAGAAAAAACAUUUCUUAAUGUUUAAUACUUGCUAAAUUAACAUGCUUUUCAACUUAAAGUGAUUGUAGCUGUAAUUUAUUGAUACUGAUGAGCUGCUGUUCAGGACCUAGCUUACUGCACAUCAUUUCAUUUAUUCUAAUCUCUACGUCUGAGUCACUCAGACUCCAAACGAUUAUUUUAGAUGUUCUAUUUUUCAAAAUUAUACAUAACAGGAAUGGAGGUUGAAACGUUUUUAUUUAUAUGAACUUUAAUAUUUUAAAUGCAUGCUUGGCCAUGCUCUAAAUCUGAGACACCCCCAGCUUCAUCGCACCUUACUGUCCAUGACUUUCACACAUUGGAAUGAUUACUCCUGUUAUAGAAACUUCACUGAGAAUUUAAGCACUUUUUUGUUUUGUUUAUAAAUGAAGUUGUUUACAUCCUGUGAAGCUUUAACAGGCCGGCAGUACAGAUGUGUUGUGUUUGUACAGUGUAGUUAAACACUGAUCGUUCAGCUACUGUGUUAGCUAUCUGGGUUGG